AUGCGAGGUGCCGGCCACAAGUUGGGCGUCAUUGUCGAGCCCACCUUCAAGACCUACCCCGACAAGGGCGGCAUGCACUACAACGCCGACAUGAUCUUCACCGACGACUCCAUCGACGGCGUCCUGCAAACCACAAAGAAUGUCAUCAAAACCGGCCUCGACUGCUCCGUCUUCUUCUUCGAAGCCGCUUCACCGCACGUCAUCGCCUCGGUGCCCGAUGAAGCCACGGCCUACCCGCACAGAGGCAAAAUGCUUACCAACGCCAUCAUCCAAGUGACUUGGGGCGAUGAGGAGUGGAAGUGGGAGGGGCUGACGGCGUUAAAGAGGGAGUAUGAUCCCGCUGUGUACUUUGAUGGGUAUCAUGGGAUCCCGAGGGUGUUGGAGGGGUGGUAUGCCCCUGGGGAGGAUGUGGGAGUAGGGAAUGGGCGGCAGAAGCCCCUCACUAUGCCUCAUGAGGAGCUGUAGGUAGGUAGGUGAUGUGGGCUUGGCGUGGGUGAGAAUUUGCCUCUAGGUAUGGGUGGUGAGACUUGGGAAGACUAAGGUACCUAGGCUUACUGGCUCGGUAACAUAGCUUAGACGUUGAAGUACCUCCAGGUAGAUCUGAUGUGGUAGUAGUGUAG